UGUUGAUAUAUACUAGUUUAAACUGCAUUUAAGGUCAAGGACAUUGUUUGUUCUAUCUAUAUAUGAGAAAUAGUUGAAUCAGAUCUCUAGCAAACAAAGCAUUUAAGGUCAGUAAUUGCUUGCUAAUAUGAUUCUAUCCAUUUCAUGUAAUCUUUUAAUUUAUAAUAUCUGCUGUAAUUACUCUGCUUAUUGAUUCCAAUUAAUACAGGAAAAACUUUUAAGAUUUAUCGACAUGCAUGUUUUUAACGAAGAAUAUUUAUGAAGAGUCCAAUACCUCUGUUUUGUUAACAAGUUGAAGGGUGCAGCAGAAAAAGCAAUGUCAAACAAUACUCCUAAAUCAAAGUUUGAUGUUUUUGUAAGCUUUAGGGGAAAUGAUGUCCGCGACGGCUUUCUUGGCAAAUUGUAUGAGGCUUUUAUUCGAAAACAAAUAAAUAUCUUUGUUGAUUACAAACUUAAGAAAGGAGAUGACAUAUCACAUUCACUUGGUGAAGCAAUUGAAGGAUCAUCCAUUUCAUUGGUCAUAUUCUCUGAAAACUAUGCUUCUUCACAUUGGUGUUUAGAAGAACUUGUAAAAAUAAUUGAGUGCAGAGAGAAAUAUGGACAACUUGUAAUACCUAUUUUCUACGAGGUAGAUCCUACAAAUGUACGAUAUCAAAAGAAGAGUUAUGAAAAUGCAUUUGUUAAACUUGAAAAAAGGUAUAAUUCAUCUGAGGUUAAGAUAUGGAGACACACUUUGAAAAUAUCAGCUAAUUUGGUGGGAUUUACAUCAUCAAGUUUCCGGAAUGAUGCUGAGCUGCUGGAAGAAAUCACCAAUUUUGUGUUGAUGAGUUUGGGUAAGUACUCAAAAGGACUUAUUGGAAUGGACAAACCAAUUGCACAUUUGAAUUCAUUGUUAAACAAAGAGUCGGGAAAGGUCCGUGUUAUUGGAAUUUGGGGUAUGGGCGGUAUUGGCAAGACAACUAUUGCAAAAGAAUUAUUUGACCAAAUUUGUUCUGAAUAUGAUGGUUGUUGUUUUAUGUCAAAUGUGAGUUUGGGAUUACAAAGUCGUGGAAUAACAUUUUUAAAAGAAAUGCUUUUUUCUAACCUAUUAAAUGAAGAUGUGAAAAUCGAUUCAUCAAAUGGGUUGUCUAAUAAUAUUCAUAGAAGGAUUGACCGUAUGAAGGUUCUUAUUGUUCUUGAUGAUAUUAAGGAAGAAGGUCUGCUAGAGAUGUUAUUUGGAACUCUUGAUUGGUUUCGAUCCGAUAGUAGAAUCAUUGUAACAUCUAGAGAUAAGCAAGUACUUAUUGCUAAUGAAGUUGAUGAUGAUGAUGUAUAUGAAGUUGGGGUAUUGAAUUCUAGCGAUGCACUUGCGCUUUUCAAUUUGAAUGCCUUUAAAGAAAGUCAUCUUGAAAUUAAGUACUACGAUCUAUCAAAGAAGGUGGUCGAUUAUGCCAAAGGAAUUCCAUUAGUUCUUAAAGUUUUGGGUCAUAUGUUUCGUGGAAAACAUAAUAAGAAAACGUGGGUUUAUCAACUAGAAAAACUGGAAAAAGUGCCAAUUCAAGAAAUUGAUAAAGUAAUGAGACUCAGUUAUGAUGAUCUUGAUCUCUUAGAGCAAAAGUAUUUUUUAGAUAUUGCAUGUUUCUUCAAUGGGUUGAAUUUGAAAGUGGAUUACAUGAAACUUUUAUUGAAAGAUUAUGAAAGUGAUAAUUCAGUGGCCGUUGGGUUAGAAAGGUUGAAAGAUAAAGCUCUUAUUACUAUUUCUGAAGAUAAUGUAAUAUCUAUGCAUGACUUUCAACAAAAGAUGGGUCGGGAGGUUGUUCGCCUAGAAUCUAUUAAAGACCCUAGUAAACAAAGUCGGUUAUGGGAUCCUGAUGACAUUUGCUAUGUAUUGGAAAAUGACAAGGGUACUGAUGCUAUUAGAAGCAUACGUGUAAACUUGUCAUCAGUUUGGAUGCUGAAGUUAAGCCCUCAUGUAUUUGCUAAGAUGACCAACCUGAAAUUUUUGAAUUUUUUUGGUGGGUACGAUAAUGACUGUUUGGAUCUUCUUCCUCGAGGGCUUCAAUCUUUUCCAAAUGAUCUAAGAUAUCUUCGUUGGGUAUGUUACCCUCUAAAAUCAUUCCCAGAGAACUUUUCUGCAGAGAAUCUUGUUAUAUUGAACUUGCGUUAUAGUAAAGUGGAAAAGCUUUGGUGUGGAGUACAGCCGGAUCUAGUUAAUUUAAAAGAAGUUAAACUAUCACAUUCAGGAUUCUUGAAGGAGUUACCUAACUUUUCAAAAGCUGAAAAUCUGAAUGUAUUGCAUAUUGAAGAUUGUCCUCAGUUGGAAAGUGUCCAUCCAUCUAUUUUCUGUCCUGGCAAGCUUGUGAAACUCUACUUGUUCACUAUAAGUCACUGAAUGCUGUAUUGUUCCCUUCAACAGUUGCUGGACAAUUAAAGGAAAACAAGAAAAUGAUUAACUUUUGGAAUUGCUUGAAUUGAACUUUGAAGAACUUUCUCUCAUACAUAUUUGGUUGAAUCUACAGAUUAAUUAGAUGAUGUUUGCAUAUCAACAUUUAUCGACACUGGAACAUAAGUAUGAUGAAAGUUAUGUUGAAAGAUUACUUUGCUUCUUAUCAAGCAUUCAAUUCUUCUUAUCAAGCACCGUAUGUUUAUUCUGGAAGUAGUGUUCCAUAGUGGUUGGAGUACAAGACAACAAAGGAUUGUUGAUCUUUCCCCACCUCAUCUCUGCCCUUUGUUGGGCUUAGUUUUUUUGUUUCAUUCUUGCUGAAGGAUCCAAAUAUUGUGAGCAAAUUGAAUCAAACAUCGCUGCAUUUGAUAUUGGACUAUUACUUUUUUUAUUCAA